AUGGAUUUGAAUGGGGAGUGUAAGGGAGGAGAUGGGUUUAUUGACAGAAGCAGAGUUAGGAUUUUGCUUUGUGAUAAUGAUUCCAAGAGCUUGGGAGAUGUUUUCACUCUCCUUUCACAGUGUUCUUAUCAAGUGACUUCAGUGAAAUCAGCAAGGCAGGUGAUUGAUGCACUAAAUGCAGAAGGACCUGAUAUCGAUAUAAUACUUGCCGAAAUUGAUCUCCCAAUGGCCAAAGGUAUCAAGAUGCUUAGGUACAUCACACGUGACAAAGAUCUCAGGAGAAUCCCUGUCAUAAUGAUGUCGAGGCAAGACGAGGUACCUGUUGUUGUGAAGUGCUUGAAGCUAGGUGCAGCUGACUAUCUUGUGAAGCCUCUUCGUACCAACGAGCUUCUCAACUUGUGGACACACAUGUGGAGAAGAAGACGCAUGCUAGGACUUGCUGAGAAGAAUAUGUUCAGCUAUGAUUUUGACCUUGUGGGAUCUGAUCCAAGUGAUCCAAACACAAACAGUACCAACCUGUUCUCUGAUGACACAGAUGACAGAAGUAUUAGGUCCACCAACCCACAGAGAAAAGAGUGUCCUAAGGGUUCUGUAUGUGCUGGUAAUGUUGCUGAUGGCACAGCCACUUCAGCUCCUGCUGUUGCUAUCAUAGAACCUCCAUUGAAUCAUCUUCAUGAGCCUACGAAAAGAAGUACUAAUCCAGAGAAAGUUUCUUCAGCACCAAAGAAAAGUAGAUUGAAGAUUGGAGAGUCCUCUGCUUUCUUCACAUAUGUCAAGUCUACUGUCCUGGCUACUAACUGUCAAGAUCCUCCACAUGUCAAUGCAAAUGGCUCACAAAAUCUUCAUCCGGGUGUGGUGGCGGAGAAGCUUCAAGUGGUGGCCAGUGAGGUGAUUAACAACACCAAACAAACACGUAGAGGUAGAGAGACUGAGAAAAACUAUUCUCAAGGAGAGAAUUUACAGAAUGGCGUCGCCAGCUAUCCAACCACAUCAUUGGAACAUCGUGGUAGGAGUUACCAAGAAGGAAAUAUGAAUACUGACCAGGUUGCUAUGAACAGAAGUAAGGAUUCAUCUCAAGUUGCUGCACAAAAUGCCUAUCCUUACUAUAUGCAUGGGGUCAUGAACCAAGUUAUGAUGCAGUCAGCAGCCAUGAUGUCUCAGUAUGGUCAUCAACAUCCUCAUUACCCACCUAAUCAUCUGAAUGGAAUGACAGGAGUUCCUUAUUACCACCAUCCCAUGAACACAUCGUUACAGCACAGUCAGAUGUCACAGAAUGGUCAGGUGCCUAUACAGAAUGGUCAGAUGGCUAUGGCUCAUCAUCAUUCUUGGUCACCGGUAUCUUCUAACGAGGUGAGAGUGAAUAAACUUGACAGAAGAGAAGAAGCUUUGCUCAAAUUUAGACGUAAAAGGAACCAAAGGUGUUUUGAUAAGAAGAUUAGGUAUGUCAAUAGGAAGCGCCUCGCUGAGAGGAGGCCGCGUGUUAAAGGUCAGUUUGUUAGGAAAAUGAACGGCGUAACUGUUGACUUAAACGGCCAGCCAGACUCUGCUGACUAUGAUGACGAGGAAGAAGAGGAGGAAGAAGAAGAGAAUAGAGACUCAUCUCCUCAGGAUGAUGCUCAAGGAACUUAA